GUAACUUACAGACCAGUGAGCUCUCAGCUGUCAAGGUCAUUAAAUUGGACCCAGGUGAUGAUGUAUCUUCGCUUCAGUUAGAGAUAACGAUGAUGAAGGGCUGUAAACAUCAGAAUAUUGUCGCGUUUCAUGCCAGUUACUACAGGAAUAACCGGAUGUGGAUUUGCAUGGAAUACUGUGGGGGAGGAUCAUUACAAGAUAUUUAUCAAAUCACUGGCCCUUUGUCCGAAAAGCAAAUCGCCUACAUCUGCAGAGAAACAUUGCAGGGUUUGCAGUAUCUUCAUAGCAACGGGAAAAUGCAUCGAGAUAUCAAGGGAGCGAAUAUUCUGCUGACUGAUCAAGGGGACGUCAAGCUAGCGGAUUUCGGUGUUUCAGCGGAACUAACAGCAUCAGUGGGCAAGAGGAAGUCUUUCAUUGGUACACCAUACUGGAUGGCACCAGAAGUGGCAGCUGUGGAGAAGAAGGGGGGUUACAAUCAGCAGUGUGAUAUUUGGGCCGUUGGGAUCACAGCUAUCGAACUGGCUGAGUUGCAACCUCCAAUGUUUGACCUGCACCCCAUGAGGGCCUUGAUGUUAAUGUCAAAAAGUAAUUUCCAGCCUCCAAAACUGAAAGAUAAAUUAAAAUGGUCCUCUGAGUGUCACAGCUUCAUCAAGAUGAGCCUGAGGAAAAAUCCCAAGAAGAGGCCUACAGCCGAGAAACUGCUCCAGCACCCAUUUGCCAACCAGGCCCUGAGCCGGAUCCAGGGGAUCGAACUACUGGACAAAUUCAACAAUCCUGACACCAGUGCACCGCUGCCUGCAGACGACAGCGAUUUGGAGCCUUGUGAUACUUAUCCCGACAAAAUCCACUCGCUGGGGGGACACAUGAGAGCAGAGAGGACAAACUCCGAGAUCCAGUUCCGUCAGGUACAGUUUGGUCGGCCAAUAAGGAAGGAGACGGAGCCGGAGAGCACGGUGGAUUCCAACCAGGAUGAGGACUGGAAACUACAAGAGAUUGACGACAGCCUGAGUUUGCUGCGGAGCGUGGAGGAGGCUUUGGAGCAAAGCUGCCUGACGAUAAAGCGAGGGCCGACAUCACACCAGUUGGCACUGGACUCUCAGCCGGAGGAGAUCCACGACAACACGGACAGAUACUCCACCAUCAGGCGCGUCUCACAGUCGGAACGCCAGACCGAUUCCCAGCACAGUGCCAGGGAAUCUCUGCCGCUGGCUGGGAGCUCUGGUCACGCUACACAUCCUGGCACGGCCCACCCCAGCCCAAACACGCAGGAUCACGGUCAAGGGAGAGUGGGAACUGUGCCCACUGGGCUGGCAGAGCCUGCUACCCAGGCCCACGGGCUGUCUGAGGGGACCGUGCCACUGGAUGAGCUAGGAGUGCCUAGAGAGAUUUGUCACGGAUUGCCCCCAACUCCCAAGGUCCAUAUGGGGGCUUGUUUCUCGAAGGUGUUCAAUGGCUGUCCUUUGAAGCUGAACUGCUCUGUCUCCUGGAUCCACCCAAAAACUAGAGAUCAGUAUUUAAUCCUGGGUGCAGAAGAAGGAAUCUACACCCUGAAUCUAAAUGAACUCCAUGAAGAUACAAUAGAAAAGUUGCUUCCCCACAGGUGCUCCUGGCUCUUCGUGUUGAACAAUAUCCUCAUGUCCGUCACCGGGAAGUCCCUGCAGCUGUAUUCCCACCACCUGGUGAUGCUGUUUGAACAACGGAGAAACACUCACAAGAGACCAGUGCACAUUUCCCUCCCAGCCAAUAAACUCACCGAUAGGAUCAUCCCCAGGAAGUUUGCUCCAACCUGGAGGAUCCCAGACACCAAAGGCUGCCGCAAGUGCUGUGCAGUGAGAAACCCCUAUACGACAGCUACAUUCCUGUGCGCUGCGAUGGACAAUACCAUCGUUCUCCUUCAGUGGUAUGAGCCUCUACAGAAGUUCAUGAUCCUCAAGCAAGUCAGCCUCACACUCCCAAACCCUCUGCAAAUCUUCGAGCUGCUGGUCUUCCCUGGUGAAGAGUAUCCACACGUGUGCCUAGGCGUCCGGGCUCCCGUGCAGCCCCACCAGGUCCUGCAUUUUGACACCAUCCAGCUUAACGCCACGGGAUCGCUUGGGCCAGAGACACGGCCAGAGACUUUAUUGAUGAAUGCCAGCCACGUUUCCCAGCUCGACCGGGACAACGUCCUUAUCUGUAUUGACAAUUGUGUGAAGAUUGUGAGCUUACACGGGGAACCACGCCACUCCUUGGCGACCGAGCUCAGCUUCCGAUUUUGCGUCCAGACAGUUGUCUGCCUGCAAGACAGUGUCCUCGCAUUUUGGAGUCACGGGAUGCAGGGCCAGAGUCUUCACUCAAACGAGAUCACUCAGGAGAUUACAGAUGAAACAAGAAUGUUCCGUGUGCUUGGCACCCAGAGGGAUAUAAUUCUAGAGAGCACCCCCACAGACAACCCUGCAGCUCACAGCAACCUGUACAUCCUGACUGGCCACGAGAGCACCUACUGACGCAGGCACUGGACAGAGGCAUCACGUGCAGAAACCAGACAGGAGCAGUGGAAACCUCAGGAAAAAAGGAGAUGAAUCUGCACAGCCUUUUGUUAAUUAUUAUUUAAGUUGUGUGUGAGGGCAUGGAUUAAAUUGUAAAUUGACUUUCUGACAGGCCACUUGUCUCAGCUCAGUUACAGCGUGUUCUGAAAGAGGUGAUCUCUUCCCUUCAUCUACUGCUUUCAGUCCCGGUUUCCCUGCUAUAGGGAAGGAUGUUGUGAAACUGGAAAGGGUUCAGAAAAGAUUUACAAGGAUGUUGGAGGGUUUGAGCGACAGGGAGGGGCUGAAUGGUCUGGGGCUAUUUUCCCUGAAGCUGAGAUGUGACUUUACAGAGGUUUAUAAUGUCAUGAGGGGCACGGAUAGGGUGAAUAGACAAGGUCUUUUCCCCCCAGGGUAGGGGAGUCCAAAACUAGAGGGGCACAGGGUUAAGGUGAGAGGGGGAAGAUGUAAAAGGGGACUUCAGGGUAUGUUUCCAUGCGGUACAUCUCUAUCUCUGCAAUCUCCUCCAAUAUUGAUGUGGCUCUUCACCUUCUGGCCACCUACGGCAGUCCAAUUUGCCCAGUAAAUUCAAGCCCCAACUAUCAUUGGUUCCCCUUUGGGUACAGUGAGUGACAGACAGAAGCAAACAGCAAAAUGCCACAUUUCAGAACUUUUCCGAAGUUAACACACUGAAAAAAAAAAUCAGCACCUAUUAACUAUGGGUUAAUGGGCAAUAAACACACCAAACUAAAGGAAUAGUCUUAUGGUAGGAUAGAAUUUGAAUAUUUGCUGGGAUAAAGACACUGUUUUAAACCGGUCAUACUGCACGCAAAAGAGUCACAAGAAAUACCAGAGGAAAGUAGGAGGGCGUGGUAUACAGGCAAUCCCCAGGUUACAAUGGGUUCCAUCUGCUGUCCACUCACUAGUCACCUCUUACAGGAGUCAGAACCCAAUGCAGGACAAUGGAAAGUAGCUGGUUGUAGGUACAGGAGAUGUCUAUAGGCCAGAUCUUUACAUUUACACUCCUGUAUGGGAUUGCAUUCACAAAUACAAAGGUCUGUUAAGUCAGAAACCCUGUAACACUGUAGGAGAACAGCAUGCAGUUUGUUCGGGGAGUGGAUUCAGAUCUUGAAGGCGUUGUCACAGAGAUUACACACUUCUUAGAGCACUUGACACAGUAUGUGAGGAGAGGUGGUUUCCCCUUGUGGGACAGUCCAGGGCCAGAGGGCAUUAUCUCAUGUGCAAGAGGUCACCUAUUUCAGACAGAUGAAGAGAAAUUUCUUCUCUCGGGGGGGUUGCGAAUUUGUGCAAUUCUCUGUCGCAGAAGGCUAGCCAGACUGGGUUGUUUAGUAUAUUCAGGGCUGAGAUUUAUAAGUGGUAAAGGGAAUCGAGGCUUAAAGGGAAAACUAGAAAGUGGAAUUGAGGAUGAUUAGAUCAGCCAAGAUGACAGCAGUCUGAAUGGUCCGCUACUUCUCUUAUGGCCUUACAGAAUACAACACACAGUUAGAUGAUGGCUGACAGUUAACUGCCAAGUUGUGUGUAAAUUAAAGCCAGGCAACUUUACUCCGACGGGUCAAGACAGAAAGGACAUGAAUGCACAGUGUGCAUUGUUUUCUUGUAAAUACAGUCUAGUUUCCAGAUUAUUCCUCAGCAUUCCAGCAACAAUUCCACGGAGCCCCAGGUUUCCAUUAGGCUUGUCUCUCCCUGCCACUUGUGUGUCCUCAAAAAGGUCAUUCCACUCAGCCUGAGUCACCCAAGCACUGACUUACAUAAGCAAGGUCCAUGUCAGAAACUCCCUCAACCAUUCACAUCCAGACACCCCAACAAUUCUCCUCCCUUCCUUCCAAACUCACUAGCAUCCUGCUUGCUGUAGGACACCUCUGCUCCCCCACACAGCAGCAGCUUUUGUUUCUCUGCUUCAGUCUCAAAAAAACAAAGACCACCUCUUCAUGUCCUAACUUAAAAGGUGCCAGAACUGUACCAGGAUAUUUCAAAUACAUUUCCCUUCCAACCCACCAUGAUCACACAGGCCCAUCUCGGAGCAGAAGUGCCCAAUAUGACCUCACUGUCCCAUUUCAGAACAUUCUCACUCACCUUGAAUAAAAGGGAAAACAUUCAUAAAAUAAGAGGUAAAAACCACUCUGUAACGGCCACUUUUUAUUACUUUUGUCUCUUUAAUUAUUCUAAAUUCUUUCUCCCGUAAGAAUUUGCAGCAACUCAUGGCAUGGAAGCUCAGGGGUUAGCACUGCUGCCCCACUCGACCCAGGUUCAAUGCCAGCCUCAGGCAGCUGCCUGCAUGGAGUUUGUACAUUCCCCCAGUGUCAACACGGGCUUCUUCCAAGUGCUCCAGUUUACUCCAAAGAUGUGCAGGUUAGGGUGGAUUGGCCAUGCUAAAUUGCCCACAGAGUCCAGGGAUGUGCAGCUGAGAAUUGGAUAUGGGAACUACAUGGUUACAGGGAUAGAGCAGGAUGUUCUCCACAGGCUGGGUGGGGACUUAAUGGGCAAAAUGGCCUGAUUCCACACCACAGGGGCUUUUUAUUUCAAACAUCUACUUUAUUCAUAAAAAAAUCUGAAUAUACACAGUCACAAAAACCAUUCUGUUCUGUACAGUUGUGUAAUCAAGUAAAUGAACAAAACAUUGGACUUUGACUCAUUCCAAAAAAUUAAA